UAUUAUUAAAUUGUUACUUAAUAAUCGUUUGUUUAUUUAUAAAAUAAGAGGGUAAAUAGUUUGUUUUCCAAAUACAUUCCCCCGUGCCACUGUUUUAGUAAAGAUCAAUGAGUAAUAAUACUGAAAACUAUAAUUUUUUUUAAGAACUGAUAUUUAUAUAUAUAAUAAGAGAAGAGCUAGAGAAACAUUAUUGGAUUAAGUAGUCGUGAAGGACAAUCGAGUGAAUCACAUGGUGCUGAGUGAUCUAUGUCUCUGUUAUGUUGCAGCAAACGAAUCUAUGGACUAAAGGCAAAGCUUAAUUAAUUAUCAUAAAAGCUCAGUUUGUUUAUAUCAGUCACUCGAUCGAAAUGCAUGUUACAUUCCGUUGAAAGAAAUUAUCUACCGAAAUUACCAUAAGAAAAUUAUAGUUGUAUAUUUCUAGAAAAUGUUAUCUAAACAGUUAGUUUUAUCUUUUUAUGAUUAUAAAUGUCCGUUUAAUGCUUUUACAUAUUUUGUCAAAAACGUUUUAGAUAUUUUGUCAAAAAUAUUUCUUAAUUUUGUAUUUAUACUGAAAAGAUAUAAACUAACAUUCUUUAUAAACACAUACAUCUUAAGAUUUGUGAAAGAGAAAAAUAAUUUUAAGAUAAAAAGACCAUUCUAGAUAACCAGCUUAGUUCAUUGUAUGAACAAUCUUCCUCGAUAUUAUAUGAGCUAAAUUCGAAGAAGAACAAAAUAAAAAAGAUAAUUAAAGCUUGUAAGAACUAAUGUCGACAUUGCUAUAAAUCCUCAAUUCUAGUGGGUGUACUUCUUUUAUACAUUAUCUAUGAUUAAAAACUUAUAUUCUUGAUUUGAUUACUCUAUCGUGUUAAUUCAUAUUAAUAUUUUUUCAUUACUUCCGGAGAAAAUGAAGACACAUUAACUAAAUGUGCUCACUCCGCAAAGUAAACAGUUAGACGUGGUCGGUUUGUUUCCAUGUAUUUUGGAGUAACUUAUUGACCAUAUCAAAGUCUUUAAUCUUUCUCCUCUAAUAACCGUUACCGACAUUUUUUAGGAAUCUUCUCAUCAUUUACCGACUCCUCUAUCUAAUAGGAGUAUAUCUUAUGACACAUUUAAAUCUUGAUCCAUUAGUUCCUAUAGUUCACAUUAUGAGAUUAAAUCUUAUUGGAUACCACGGUAUCAAAGUGCAAUCAGUUCUAUAAGUUUGAAAAGUACCACGCUCGAAUCAACUUCAAAUGUGGUGUUAUCUUUCAAGAAAAAAAAGAAGAAGUAUGCAAAUGAAACUGUAUGGGCACAUUAAUUAAUGUAGAUAGAAUAUAUUACACGUACUUUGUCAAAAGAAAAUGAACAUAUUACACGUCAUGGUACCAUUCGUGGCCUUCCAUCGACCUGGAGGAGCCAACUUCAAGUGCAAUUAAUUGCAAACUAAUUAACUGCAUUACCAACGUCAAACUAUCUUUUAAAUCAUUUCUUUGACACAUUUUUUUUACGUUUCAACAACUUCAGAUUUGAUUAUAUUUUAUAGCUUAAUCAUUUUUUUACUUUAUAACGUGUGAUUAUGAGAUUUUGGGCCUGUAGCCCCAAUACCAUAUUAAAUUAAUUACUCAUAGCGAGACCCAUGUUAAAUAAUUAGUGAUUAAACCCAUGUUAAAAUGGGCCACAUAUAAAAACUCAUUAAAAAUUAAAAGAAGGCCCAUUAAGCCCAAGUAGGCGAAUACAUGGCGCCAACUAAUACGAAAAGUUAGUUAUUAUAUAAACGCCCAAGGCGAGAGAGAGAGGGAGAAGCAGAGAGAGACCUUCGAUAAAGUUUGCGUCUUUUUAACUCAUAAGAGUACCUACUUUGUCUCGAAACUAGUUCUGAGCGAUGGACGAGUUCGUUGCUCUCACGGCGGUUUACGGGUUAAAGCCCCGAGGAAAGUCAGCUCCAAUGGCUGCCUUGAAACGAUCCGCCUUCGACCGUAACAGUGUAAAAACCUCUCCUUUUGAUUCAGGAGACGACGACGCAAACGCAGAGUUGACCUUGAAAGAUUCAAAGUUUGACUCUUUGAAUCCUGGUGGGUUUGACGACUUCUCGGUGUUUGAUGAGUUGAUUAAGUUAUCUAGUACUAAUGACUCUGGUAAGACUAAGUCGUGUGUCUUAGUUGUGUCUGUUACUUGUUCCUUAAGUCAAUCUCUUUACCGGUCAACGCAGGUGAUGAUGACUUAAUUGGUUUUUACGAGUUGAUACCUGGAUUUGGUGGGAGUGGUCAGCCUAGUAACAAUGAGUUUCAAGAAACUGAAGCUGUUCAAGUAAAUAAACAACAGUUUGGUCUAGAUGAUGACCUUGAAGCCCUUUUCAUUUCACCUGUUGCUUCAGCACAGUUCCUUGAUGACUUGUCACCACUUUUUGGAGGUAUGGAUCUGUUUUCUCUACUUAUUUGGUUACUUUUAUGACGUGUUUCUUGUUCAAAAUAUGGCUCAUUGCUUGUAGAAUCUGGGGAACUCCCAGGGGAAAGUGACAGAAGAAGAUUAGCUAGAUGGGAGCAUGAACAAAUAAUAAAAGAUCGAAAGGAAAAGGCUAUAGCUUAUAUGAAUAACCGUGAUCAUCAGAUUCAGAUUGAACAAGAAGAAAGGAGUAGGAUUUCUGAGACCCUAGACGCUGAGAUAAAGCUUUGGGCUGCUGGGAAAGAAGGGAACCUACGUGCACUGAUAUCAUCAUUGCAUCUCGUACUUUGGCCUGGAUGUGGAUGGGAGGCUGUCUCUCUAACAGAUUUGAUCACUUCUGCGGCAGUCAAGAAAGUCUAUAAAAAGGCAAACCUCUAUGUCCAUCCUGAUAAAGUUCAUCAGAAAGGGACUCAACAAAAGUAUAUUGCCGAGAAGGUCUUCAACAUCUUACAGGAAGCUUGGAACAAGUUCAACAAAGAAGAGCUAUCUUAAAUCUGUUGACAGAUUGCCUGAAAAAAUUUGAACUGACUGUUGUGUAUAUGUAUAUGUACUUAUCUAAACUUAUUUGUUUGUCAAACCUCUGCUAUUAGUAUAUAUUAAUGUGGAAUAUAUAAGAUUACAGUUUCUUGCCA